GCUUGCCAUGUCCUCCCUCCCUCUCCACCUGGCCACGCUUUUCCUUCCUGUCUUUCCCAGUACCUAGGAUGAUAUGGCAGUUUUCUACUGAGUCCUGGCCUGCCUCUCCUGACCGACCUCCCUGCUUUGCUUCUCACACCGCGCUUCCCGUGCCGCCUGCGAAGCAUUUGAGGGAACAUUUAGUAAACAUGUUGCGUCGAGCUUGAGCAAUGGAUUCUGAGUGACUUCACUUGUCGACGUGUCACUCGUUAGUUUUCUGGCUGCUGAAUUUGUCAGUCUGCGAAAGCUCUCAUAUCAGCCGUCUGAGGCGUAGAACGGCAAAAUAAGUUUCUAGAACGGCUUGUUUCCUUCUUCGACGACAGAGUAGGCGAUAGGACAUAGGCUGACGCGACAAUGGCGGAAGAGCAAGCACAGCAAGGUGACGUUUCGAAAGACCCUUCUAACGGGUAUAACGAUUGGGCUGCAGCUGCCAUGCAGGCGUAUUACAAGUCGGGAGGCCAAGCAGCUCACGCGGGAGGCUAUUACGGCGCACCAAUGGGAGGGCAUCCACAUCCGUACAUGUGGGGACCACAGCCAAUGAUGGCAGCGCACUACGGUGGUGUACCACCAGGCCCCUAUGGCUAUGCUGCCAUGUACGCUGCGCCUCACCCAGGCAUGGCCCAGGGUGCUGCAGGGGCAGUGGCCCCAUCCCCUUAUGGCUACCCGCCUGCCCAAACUGCGGAUGGUUCUGAGGUGCCAGCAGGGGCAGCGAUGAUGGGGAUGACGCCCAUGGGGCCCAUGGGGCCCAUGGCCAUGCCAGCAGCGCAGGGGUACCCCGGCAUGCCCAUGGACUACUCACACGACGCCAUGGCUGCUGCUGCUGCUGCCGCCGCUGCCGCAGCCAGUGCUGGGGGUGGGGCUGCUGCUGCUGGGUCGGCUCCCCAGGUUCCUGUUGCUGCUGCGCCUGCUGCCCCUCAGCCCGCCCCUUCCAAGCGCAAGAGGUCGGCUCAGCAGUCCCAUGCAACAGACGCUGCCGCAGCAGCCACUCCCGGUGGGGCAAGCCUCCCCCAUCCUCACGCCCAGCCGGCCCCAGGCUCGGGCCAAGCCUUGGCCCUAGCCUCGGGCUCGGCGGGCGAGUACACGUCCAUGCCUUCGAGCCCGUCCGAAGGCCCGUCUGCUUCGGCAGCCGCUGCUGCUGCGGCGGCUGCCGGUCUUGCUGGUGGCGCUGGCGCUGCUGCUGGUUCGGGGGUCCCUCACGCUGCUGGUGGGGGGGCGAGAGGGGGAGUGGCUGGCGGAAUGGCGUAUAAUCCCAUGGCUGCUUCUGCUGCGGAUAUGUGGACUGGGGGGGGCGCUGCUGCUGCUGCUGCUGCUGGUGCCGUGGUGUCGCCCCCCUCCCUGGGGCAGGGCGUUGGGGGGAAGCUCGGGGCACGUGCAGGAGUGAGGGGAGGAGGGGAUGGGGGCGACGUGGGGGGGAGUAUGAUGUACCAAGUGCCGUUUCGCGGGGACGAGAGGGAGGUGAAGAGGCAGAGGCGCAAGCAGAGCAAUAGGGAGAGCGCGAGGAGGUCGCGGCUGCGGAAGCAGGCGGAGUGUGACGAGCUGAUAGCGCGGCAGACCACCAUGCAGAUGGAGAACAUGGGAUUGUCCGCGGAGCUAUCAAAGCUGCAGGAGCGCUACACCGCCCUGUGCGCCCAGAACGCCCAGCUCAGAACCAUGCUGCAAGAGUCAGGCAUAGACCCAUCAGCAGAAGCAGCAGCGUUCCCUCCAGCAACCUACACUCCAAUGCACAAGUACCAGCUCACCCCAGUACCACCAGCCAACACUCCUGCUGCACCACCGCCACACGACCUUUCUGCCGUUCCCCCCUCUGCCGUGCCUCCCUCUGCACUUCCGCCCUCUGCCCAUCCCCACUCCGCCCUUCCCUCCUCCCCUCCCUCUGCUCCCCUCACUGCCCCCACCCCUCCCUCUGCUCCCCCCCCUGCUCCUCUCUCCGCCUUUGUCACUGCUCCAUACCUACCUGGGAAGCCCGAGCCUGCACCACUGCCUGCUCCCGAAGCUCCUCCCGAAGCUGUACCCAAGCCUGCGCCUGAGCUUGCUGCCGAGCUUGUGCUUCAGGUUCAGGAGCCUGAGCCUGAGUUUGCAGGUCCGGUGCAAGGUCUGGAAGACGAGCAGCACCUGCAGCUGCUGACAGGCGGGGAGGAACCGGGGCUGGGGGAAGGGAUGGGGGGGAGGGGAUUGGGGGAGGCGGAGGGUGUAGCUCUCCCAAUGGGGGUUGAUCAGAGGUUGGGGGCAGAGCAAGAAGGGAUUGCAGAGGAGAUGGCGGACGGGACGGGGACAGAGACAGGGGCAGGGGUUCUGGAUGGGGUAAUGCAAGCAGCAGAAGCGGUGCAGCAGGGAGGGGAGCAGCAGGGGAUGGAGCAGCAGGGAGGAGAAGCGGUGGAUGAGCGCCUGAUGCAGGUUGAUCAGGAGGAGGGUGUCGUGCCGCUGGAGCAGCAGCACGAGGAGAGGCGAGGGGAGGAGCAGGGGGAGGGGGGGAGGGAGCAGCAGCAGGGGCAGCAGUUGGAGCAGCAGCAGCAGGCGGAGCAGCAGCAGCAGGCGGAGCAGCAGCAGCAGGCGGAGCAGCAGCAGCAGGCGGAGCAGCAACAGGAGGAGAAGCAAAGGGAGGAGCAGGAGGAGGAGGGGAGGGAGAAGCAGCACGAGCAGCAGCAGGAAGAGCAGCAGCAGCUGGAGCGGUUUGAGCAGCAGAAGAAUGAGGAGGCAGGAGAGCGAACAGGAGAGGAAGGUGGAGGAGGGGAGGGAGCAAAGGAGGGAGGAGGAGAGGAGGGGGGAGGGCAGGAGAGUGCCCCAGGGGUUGAGGGUGCCCCAGGGGUUGAGGGUUCCCCAGGGGUUGGCGGAGAGGAGCAGCCAAUGAGGGAGGCUCAGGGGGGCGGGCAAGGGGAUGCUGAGACUGGUGAGGCGAGGCAGGGGCAGGAGGUUGCAUUAGAAGGGCCAGGUGAAGGGGCAGGUGAAGGGCAACCAGAGGAGGUUGAAAUCGAGACCAAGGCAACGGACGCAGUAGCCACUGCCGAUGAGUCAGCUGCUGCAGAUGAGCCAACGCACCCAACAGCGGAGGAAGCUGAGGAGCAAGGAAAGGCUUUGCAGGUUGCAGCUGGUGAUGCUGGCAUUCCAGCAGCAGCAGGGGCUGAGGUCCCCCAAGAAGCAGGAGCCGCAGCAGCAGAGGGAGAAGAAGCAGUGAUGGCAGUGACGGAAAGGGAUGGAACAGCAGAGGCAGUGGCAGAUGGAGAUGGAGCAGCAUCAGCAGCAACUGAGCAGGAGAAGCAAGAGGAUCCGGGCGGCAGUGAGCUUCUAGGGCAGGAAGAUGGAGAUUGCAUGACAGGAAUUAAUGGUGUGGAAGAAACCGCUGAAGGUGCUGAAGGUGCAGAUGGGAAGGCAGAAAUGGAGGAGGUACGGAGGGCGAACGACCUUCCUGCUGUGGUUGCUUCUGCUACGCCUUCAGCUGUUGAUGGACCUGUGGGUGGUUGUGAACCUCUUGCUGUCUCUAGGGGUGCUGAGAACGCUCUGGGCAAAGCAGAGGAGGCCGGGGAAGCUGUGGGAGGAGAUGGUGCUGUGGGCACGGAUCCAGUUUUGGGGGGCUUCGUAACUGGCACAGCAGCUGAUGAGGAUGCAGCACCAAAGGGGGCAGCAGCAGAGGAGAGUGCAGAGGAAGCAGCAGCAGGCGAGGGUGGAAAGGAGGCAGCAAAGGAGGGUGCCAAGGGCCAGAAUGCUGAGGGCAGUGUUGGUGGGGGUAGUGGAAGUGAGAAGACAGAGUCACACGCAAGCAGGUGAAAGGACAGUAGAUGUUGAAAUGGAAGGCGUCGAUGAGGGGGAAAAGAAGGGGGUUUAGGUUAGAGCGACACAUCCCAAUUACCUGGGUUGUGCAAUCGCUAGAUUAGGGCUUGUUAAUAAUGGGUAAGCGUGAUUGGGUAGGGCAUUUUGAACUGACUGAUGUUGAAUGAUAAAUAACUAACUAUACUGGUCGAUUCAUAAGUCGACUCUGUC